CCCCAUUCAUUCUCUCACCAUCCAUUGCAUCUCUCUCUCUCUCUCUGCGGCAACAAUGGAGGCUGUCGUGGCGACAGUGGCCAGCUGGUUCACGCCGACCACUCUUUUCCUCUUCCUCAAUCUCAUGAUCGGAACCAUCGUCAUCACUUCCCGGUUCGGGUCCGUCUCCAAGAAGAACCACCCGCCCGUCAACCCGUCCGGGUCGGGUCAUACUCAUCAUCACGCUCCGUUAGCCAGAGCUCCGUCGCUCGUCGACCGCGUCAAGUCCAUCAACUUCCACCUCUACAAGUUUCCUUCGCCGGAGACCGAGCUCUUCGCAACCCAUCUCGACGAAACCGGGUCGGAUCCUCACCCGGACCCAGACCCGCACCCGCUUGCCCGCGCUCCUUCGCUUCUGGGUCGGGUAAAGUCCAUCAACCUAUCGUACUUCAAGUUCCCACCGUACCACCCGGAGAACGAUUACGCGCCAACGACCCCACCCGAGGAUGAUAACCCGUUUGGCUCGACCCGGCUCGACUCGACCGACCCGGCUCAAAUCAAGACCCCUGAGAACGAUGAACACAGGGAUGUACCCGGGCCCGGACCCGAAUUGUCGGAUCCCGCUGUCCCGUCACGUCUGGCGCGAGCUCCGUCGCUGUUGGAGCGGGUAAAGUCCAUCAAAUUCUCUCCCUUUCACAGAUCCGACCCGACACACGUGGAUUAUGACCCGGUUUCACCAGACGACGACCACAAGUCGAGGGGGAGAAAGCCGGAAACGACGUCCAUGCGGAAGAUGACGAAAUCGGCGAGCGAGAAACAGGCGGAGGAGACGGCGGAGGAGGUGGAGAGGAGGAGGCCGGAGACGAUGAGGGUGGAGAGAUCGACGUCGUUUGACGACGAAGAAGGCGGCGUCGAUGCCAAAGCCACCGAUUUCAUCAGCAAGUUCAAGCAGCAACUCAAGCUGCAGAGGCUCGAUUCCUUUCUAAGGUACAAGGAGAUGCUCAAAUCCAACUGAUCAGAAAGUUACGUAUCUACCCCUCGCUCGGGAUCGAAUUUCCCCGGUGUACCCCUCGCCGCGGUGGCGGGAAAGCUGAACAGAGAGGAAGCGUGGUCGACGUUGGUAAAUGACGGGAAUGGCAUGGCAGUGGCAGACCCGUAAUAAUUUCUCAAGGGUGUUUUGGUAAUUUACUCGUUUAAGUAAUAGAAUCCGAAAGUAGUUUUUUAUGUUAGUGGACUGCGUGCGUUCUUCUUGGAUCCGGGCGUUAGAUUUUGCCACAACUUUGUGUCAUGCACUUGCAGUUUCGAGUAAAAGGAUAUUAUGGUAAAUUGCAGUUUGUUGUUGCAUACAA